AUGGAGGAUUUUCACGCAACAUUGGCAGAUUGUGAAUUAGUGGACUUGAGCUAUAGGGGGCCUAAAUUCACUUGGAAUAAUGGUAGAGAGGGAGGUGCUUUUAUUCAAGAAAGAUUAGAUCAAGUGGUGGCAAAUGAAGGGUGGAGGUCUUUAUUCCCGCAAGUUGAUAUUUUGGUGGAGAGUGCUUCUUGUUCCGAUCACCUCCCUGUGUUCAUAAUGUUAUAUGAAACUAAGCGGCAAGGAAGGCCAUAUCGUAAAUUCAAACAUGAAGCCUCAUGGGCUUUGGAGGGAACGUAUACCGAGAUUAUAAAGUCUGCUUGGAAGGCCAGGCGUAUACAGACUGAUCAUUGGGGGGGGCAAUAUACGUCAAAAACUCGGGAAUUGUCAAGGGGAGCUGAUGCGGUGGCAGAAAAAGAAAAAAGAACCUGA